UUGUCCUCUGUGUGCACUUCCAGGUGUCGGAAAAUCUUCGCUUGUUCACCUCUUAUGCCAAAACCAGGUAUUGGGAAACCCGUCCUGGACAGUGGGCUGCUCGGUGGAUGUUCGAAUCCAUGACUACAAAGAAGGGACUCCAGAAGAGAAGACCUACUACAUUGAGCUGUGGGAUGUUGGAGGUUCAGUGGGUAGUGCCACUAGUGUGAAAAGCACACGAGCAGUAUUUUAUAACUUGCUGAACGGGAUAAUUUUAGUGCAUGACUUAACCAACAAGAAAUCAUCCCAGAAUUUGUAUCGCUGGUCUUUGGAAGCACUCAACAGAGAUGUCGCUCCAACAGGAGUUCUCGUAACAAAUGGUGACUAUGACCGUGACCAGUUUGCUGAUAACCAGAUUCCACUGCUGGUAAUAGGAACUAAGCUGGAUCAAAUCCCAGAAACUAAGCGGAAUGAAGUUUUGACCAGAACAGCUUUCUUGGCUGAGGAUUUCAAUGCUGAAGAGAUAAAUUUGGAUUGCACCAAUCCUCGUUACCUGGCUGCAGGUUCAUCCAACGCUGUCAAGCUAAGCAGGUUUUUUGAUAAGGUCAUAGAGAAGAGAUACUUCUUAAGAGAUGGCAAUCAGAUUCCUGGCUUCUCUGAAAGGAAAAGGUUUGGAGGGGGAACACUGAAGAGCCUUCAUUAUGAUUGAAUACUGAAGAAAUGGAAGAUGACUUCUCCGAGUUCCUAACGACAUUCCCAUUCCAACUGGAUGCUUAAAGACAAUAAUGCUUACGUCAAGCAGAGUAAAAUGAUAUUACGCUUUGGCCAGGUAGACUGCUGAAGCUACUUUUGCUGGAAAAGACUUGGCGAAGAUUUUCAAAAAAUCUAAUCUGAAGCCGAGAGUGUUUCUUAGGAUUGCAGGCUGUCUGGAUAUAUGGGAACAUUUGGGGAAAGUGUGCAAUAAAUUGAAUGCCUCUCACACUGCUGUGGGAAACUUUAUCAUACACAGCACGUAUAUGUGACACCUUUGUCUCCAUUUUGGAAAACUUAUGGACAGUCUUUGCAAUGAAUUACAUUCAUCUUAUCUCUCAAGGAAAGAUGACACUGAGUGGGCUUCUCAUUUACAGUAAAGAGAACAAAACAAGUGAGCAAAAUGUAAGGAUGGGUAAGGAAUAGUCUGGAAAAUAAUAGAAUGCCUUCAUUAAAUGAAUGGUGUUGUCUCACCUGGAACACACUGUUCAGCCCUAUUCAAAAAGAAUAAAAGAAAUAGGCAAGAGUUGAAAAAAGAUUUGAAGCCUUAAAAAGAAAAUCAUAAGUAGAAAACAAGUGGUAUUAAUUCUGCUGCUUAAAUUAAAAUUGUUUACUUUGGAGAGUUCAAAGUAAAUCAGGUACUCCUGUUUAUGUUUUCAGAACUGAGUGUGGUCUUGUUCUUAAUAUUAAAUUAAAAGGCAAUGCAUU